AUGACCCGCCUACUGCUUGAAAACCGAGUAGUGACAGCCAGAAGCAAUAAUAGAACUGGCAUCAAUAAAUUUUAUAGGGCUCCUUCAAAAUUGAAUAGAUUGAAUAACAGUAGAGCCACAAGAACAGUGACCAGCACAUCAUCGGAUAAGGUGAAUGCUGCUUCCCAUAAUAUUAACACACAUUUCGAUAUCUCAAGAGAGACUUCCGUUCUCGUCACUGGGUUGUCAAAAGAGGCAACAAAACGUUCUAUCUAUGAGCUUUUUAACGAAAACGUAGGUGGUAUAAGAAAUGUCAAGAUAGGCGGCAGGAACGGGAAGAAAUGGGCUAAAGUAUUGUUUAGGAACGUCGAGGAAGCACAAUUAGCAGUCUUGAAAUUCAAUAAUGUGAUCAUAGGAGAUACAAUCGGCGGUAACAGACGGUUUUUCAAAUUGAGAGUCUCGUUGAUGGCUGCUCCAUCACCAGGUAUACUAAGAGCCCUUUCAACUAGAAUCAAACUGAUGAAGAGUCUGAUGCCAGUGCAUAAUAUAAGUUAG